GCUCGUGCAAGCCGCUAUUCCGACCCCUCAGCAAUAAAUCUCUGAGGUGUCGAGGAAGUACUCUAUUUUUUUCCCCCAUUUUUUAAAAAAAUUCGCAAAUUCUCGAUCGAGUGUUUUGAGUCGUGUCGUUGAGGCCAUUAUGAGAGAGAACUGGGCCCGCUAGGUUGGGCCCGAGUUAAAAUGGAGGUGAUGGCUUUUGUCAGUGUUUUCACGAAUUCCUUCGUGUGCACUGCUUGAUUUCGAGUUAUUCGGCAGGUAUUGCUGGUGAAUCGUCUUGGAAUGGAUAUUGCUAGUCUGCUGGAGGUGCAGGUCAAUGAGGAGCCGCUUUCUGAAGCGCUGCCGGGGGAGAGUAAGGAUGAGCCUAAGGUACUCAGGGCCUCGGAGUUUGUCAGUCCCGAGGAGAAACACUUUCGCAAACUUCUCUUUGGACAGGAUCUCGCAAAAGUGCGAUUCCGUAGACUCCACUGCACAUCCUGUGACACCCACAUCGGAUCAGCUCCAGCUGAGGCUUAUAACAUGCAGGAACACCCAAUUCUGAAAGUCCUUUUGUGUGCAGCCUGUCGUGAAUUCUAUGGAGAUGGCACCUUUGAGCAAGGUGACGAUGCCACUGACAUGUUCUGCCGUUGGUGCGCCAAUGGUGGUAAUUUGUACUGCUGCUCCUACUGCAGCAACACAUUCUGCCAGAAAUGUAUCAGAAUAAAUUUCGAUGCUGACGUGCGAAAGCAGAUCGAGGCUGACGAGAAGUGGAAGUGUUUUGUGUGUUAUCCAGCACCACUGUACUCCCACAGAGCUGUCUGUUGGGCUCUUCUGCAACACGUUAAGACACUCUCCAGGAUAUUGACAGCAGAUCGUGUGAUGACACCAAAGGAGAUCCUCGCAAAAAUGGAAUUGGACGACGCACAGUGUUGUCCAGGUCGAAAAGCAAAACGAAAACGAAAGGCCUCGGUAUCGUCCUCGGACAACGAGUCAGUGACUUCCAAGACGUCCCGUACCUCCUCCAGAACCCGAAAGAGAUCAAUAAAACGAAGACGAGCAACAUCUGGAGACUCCAAUGAUACUCCAAACGGUACCAGGUACAUCCCCAUAGCGCCAAAAAAAUCAGACGACGACGACAUAACUCAUCUGCUGAAUCCUGAGCAGACGAUGGUGGAGGGCGACGGUGAGACACUGAUUCUCCCAGGGAAUCCUCGAAUUCCAUCACUCAAACCAAUCAGCACGAGUGCCUUGGUGCGUUCUCCACUGACACGAGGUCCAAGAGUGAUCCCAAUUCGUCCUCUCAGGAGGAUUGAGUCACUGCCACCUGGGGCUACUCCCCAGUUAAUCACGAGACUGCCAGGAUUUCGAACCGCAGCCCCCAUGGUGACGAUUCCCACACGUCCUGUUUUGAUGUCAACGACUCCUGGUGCCUCUGGAGGGAUACGGCGUUCCUUUCCCAUUCUGAGAGCUGAUAAAAAUGAUUCUAAACAGCAAACGAAGGCACCACCAAGUGUUAUAGACUUGGAGAGUGACUCGGAUGACAAUUUUAUCGGUGAGAGCUCAAGUGUUCAGAACUAUCAGGAUAAUCUGAGUAAUCAGAUUGAUCAGACUGGUCAGAUUAAGGAUAAAAAUCAGACUAGCAAGUCUGAAGAGUCUGAGGGUGCAUCAGGCCACUUAGAGACUCCUGACGUCACAUAUCCCAGGUUGACAGUCAGAAGAUUCGAUCAGACCAUCAGUAACCCCAUGAAGGCCGUCGACGAGAUCCUCAAGAAGCUCAGGAAGAGGCUUAGACAUGAGAUGAGCAGCUUCAACAGCUCAGAGGGCAACGACGUCAACUCAGCAAAGACAAAGCUCAAAAUCAUCAACAGGAAUAUCAGUAAAAUUGUCUCCGAGCUCGCAGUCUUCAACAAUACGAUGGUGAGACAGUACAAGCCCUGGAAGACGUCAUGUAUGACUGGAAAGCCUGUGGAGGACUCUACUGGAAAAAUUCGUUUGAGAAAGGGCGAGGCGAGCUACAAGAUCAUACCCCUGGACAUGGAGUGCGAGAGGGAGUCCGAGUCUGAGGACGACGAGGAGGAAGUCGAGGAGCACAACUCCAUUGAUUUUUCGAACAAAAUCGUGGAGUUCAAUGAGAAGAUGACGGUGGAUAGAGGAUGCUCCGCCAGGGUUAGUACUAAGAACAAGGCCAUUCAGGUUUAUGAUGAGAUGUCUAUUGAUUAUGACCGGACUGUUGGGUACUCAUUACUCAUGAAGGCUGAUUUUGAUAAUGACGAGGGGAAGGAGGUGCAGAAGCCUGUGAUCAUCGAGGAUCACUUCGCUGGGCAGUACGAGGAGCAGUUUAUUUUUUAUCUCCAGAGACUGGAGGAAGAAGAUGAGGAAAUGGAGAAUACUAGUCCGAAGACCCUGAGGGAGAUGAUUGAUGAUGAUCUGGCUGCUCAGGAGAAGAGGGAGACGAGGGAUUGUGCACUAGAGGGUGAAGAAAACGACAAGGAGAAUCCCGAGGAGGUGGAAGUGGUGGUGGAGGUGGAGGAAGUGGAGGAACUGGAGGAGAUGGAGGUCGGAGAGGAUGGGGAUCAGGAAAAAGGGAGUGAUGGUGCUGGUGAGGUUGAUGAGGGUCUGGAGAAGACUGAACGAGCUGCAGAGUCUUCUGAGGAAGGAAAUGCUAAUGAUGUUGAAGAAAUUCGUGGAGAAAUCACCGAGUCGGGAUGUGAAGAGGAGAUUCAGGGAGAUAAGGAAGGGGACAAUGAGGGAAAUGAUGGGGAAACAGUGGCCAUGGAGGAAGAUGGAGAUAUUAGUUCAGGGGAUAAGGACUCUGAAGUUGAUCAGGAUAAGGAGAAAAUUUCAUCGAGUCAAGAGGCUAGGAACGAGGAGACUGUGAUUGCAGUCAGAGCUCUCAUCGAGGAUGAGACUCGUGACGGGACAUUGAAAAAAAACUGGACAGAUGGGGAUGACGACGAGUGCACUGUUCUCGAGUGAAUUUAUCGACGUUCAAAUUAAAAUGAGGGAUUUCCGUUUGUGUAAUUGCUGCCUUUUGUAAAGUGCUCGAGUAACUCGACUAGCAUAGCUUUUAGAGAGAAAUCAUUGAUCAGCAUUUUCUUUUUUUUUUCACUUUUAUAAAUUACAUUAUCCUCAGUUCUUCGAUCAAUCUUGUUUUUGAAGUAGUUUUGUUGAUUUCGCACUUGAAUUAGUCAAGUUUGUAAAUAACAUAUUUUCUGUAUUUUUGGAUUCGAUGUGACAAGUGUGCAGUAGACACUGGGAUAGUGUAAAAAGAAUUUUUUUUUUUUAAUUGAGACAAUUAAAUUCUUUCACUGCGUCAUUAGUAAGAAUUAAGUGAUGUAUUCUGUAUAUCGACACAGUAUACUGCUGGGAUGAAGCAGAAUCAAUUCCUCAUUUAAUGUAUUUCGUCGUUAGGAUAUUUUCAGGACGAAGAGAGAAUAAUUCGUGAUUCUCGUAUAAGUAAUUCGAAUAAAAAAUUGGAAAA